CUCCAUGGGACUCCAGACCUGGCCCCCAAGUAAACCAGCGCUGCCCUCCAUGGCCUGUCUUGAUGUGGAGACCCCUUCCAUCUGCAGGGGUAAAUUCAAAUCAGGUGCUCUUUCCUGUUGUUUUGAACUUUGGCUCAUGAUGUUAACCGCGACUGGCGGCAUCUGCAGGGGGGCACUUCUCGUGACGUAGUCAGAACCAACAGGAAAUGACUGAGCAGCAUCACUCCUGACUCAUUCCAAGCAUCAUUGGCUCAGCACAUUACUGCUUUCUGAUGCAUAGCUCGUACGUCAUUGUGGUCACUUGCAUUGGUUCUUUAGACAGCUUACUGUACUUUAAAGCAAAACAACUUUUUAAUUUAAUGAAAGCUAGAGUUGCGAUUUGUAUUUCACAACAGAAAGGUGUCAUGUUCAAAUCCCAACUGGGACCAUUCUGUUCUUUCCAUACUUCUAAAACGUGCUGCAUAGUAAUCCGUCGAAUUGGAUUUUCCAUAGACCACAGAGAGGAACUUGUCUCAGUCUGGCUUAUUUCAAAAAAUGAAGUCCGACAUUUGUGAUGUUGAGGUCGAUUCUCUUUGAUACGUUUUGGUCCAUAUACAUUUACUGUUACUGUUUCUUUUAUUUAUUUUUUUAUUCAUGAAUUUUUAUGCUUCAAUUUCACAAUACUUCAUUGUAAACCUCUGAUCUGUCACAUUCUAACUUUCUUAAUGUUCUGUCAUGACUAUAUACAGAUACAGAUACAGAUAUAGAUACAUCCAGGUGAACGAACUCAACAAAACUGAUCCUCACUGAAGAGUCUGUCACCCCGCGGCCCAAACAUAUGCUCAAUCUUUCAACAUGUCCUUUCGUUCUGAGUCAGUUUUUGGAAGUUUCCUGAUCAGUUGUUGACAUUUUCAACCCACGCUUGCUCCCAAACUGACUGCUGAAGGUUAAGGCAGGAACACUCCACUCUUCGAAGGACAUGAUAUCAACUAUUACUGUGAUCGUGUUUGAAGUACUGAAGUGAACAGGCCGCGAACAACUUACCUGUCUGAGCCUGUAAUCUGUUGCAGAACCCUAAAUAUACUUUUGAUACACUGCUCCCAACCUCUGCGUCACAUCUUUCAUACUAAACAUCUGGGUGCACUGCAACUACAGCUCUGUCGUUGCUCGUGCUGUUGAGCUUGGUGAGAAACACGGGGGGCGUCGCCACCGACAAAGUCUUGUCAACAGUGGUGAUGUAAUGACCCAGAAGCCCCUUCGCAGUGUGUUUUUUCUGUUUGUUAAUAUUUACGUGAAUGUAAAUCGGGGUUUUUCCGCCUUCUUCAGUAUGAUCGCAAAUAAUAACGCAAAGAGUGAGGCAUACCAGUAUGGCACUACGAUAUGGGAGCCUUUUUUACCACGUGUCUUUCAAGCGUUUCACUCAGGCGGUCAGUGGGGUGAACCUGAACCUCUCAGCUCCAAGCUUGUGUCUUGAAAACCGUUAGUGCCACUGUGCGUAGUUAGCAUUCUUGGUGGCCCCAUGAAAUUGCUUAGAGGGCUGGAUUUGGCCCCUGAGCCUCGAGUUGGAAACAUGCACUUUUUUCCCCCAAAAAAGUUUGCUUUCAUUCUCAGUAGUUAAUACAGUCAAUAUAGACUCUGGACUCGCACACAUCAGCUGGUUUCUCCUCAUGCUCGCUCGCACACAUGACUAUUAACAGCUCCCUCUAAAUGUCUUUAUUUGAAAAGUCAGCGUGACCCGGUGCGACCCGGUGCCUCUGAUCUGAAUUUAAAUUUGUCUGGGUAAGACAAAUCCACAGCGUUUUUAUUUGACCGAGUCAAUAACAUGAGACUGUAGCUGGGAAGCUCUUCUGAAAGCGACAUGGGUGGAAGACUAGAGAUUACAUCAGCAGACAGGGAUUUCAGUGGUGGUGUGCAGGAGAGCGAAGCCACCCGGAGAAAGUUAUCCAGGAUUGAGGUUGUCAAACUGCCAGACGGACCCUCAGGCACGAGUCGUACCCUGGCAUUGACGGUGUAACCGUUGGAAAUCCAAUUGAGUGUUAUUGAUAUGCCGUUAUAUAAAGUCAUAAGCUGCAAACGCAACCUCCUGGUUUGUUAUAGGAAACACAGAAGGUGCAGCAGGCACGCUGUGUUCUCUGCAGCAAGACUGGAAGAGGGUGGAAUCCCACCCCUCCGUCCUGUCACUCGACAUUCCCUCCAUCGUUCCCUCAGCCGUACAUACGACGGGGGCUCCCACCCCCUUAACUACCUCUUGAUUCCAUGGUUCCCAGGCCUUGUUCUCACAGCUGCCCAGUUUAUUUUUGCUCGGGUGAGUCAGAGAGGCCUGCUCAGAUGCAGGGCCCGGUCCCCGGAGAGUCCCGCAGGUCUGACUUGUGUGUUUGUGUGUGAAUUGUUGUUGCUAUCUACGCGUUGAAACCAGCUGCGGCCCAAAUUCGCCAUCACUUCAUCCUCACCUGUUGUCUCUUCUGUCGGCUCCAACUCCGCCGCUCGCCUGAAAUAACAUGUCCACGCUCCUCGUCCUGCAGCUUUGUUUGCAACAGAGACGCAGUCGGGAGCAGCUCGCCGAGCAGGGCAUCAUGCCACCUCUGAAAACGCCUGUCGCCUUCCACAAGCAGAUUCGCAGCCUGGAACGAUCGAGAACUGGAAACUUCUUGAAGCACAAACUCUGCAGCAGACCUGAGCGAGCCGAACUGGUGCGCAUGCACAUCCUACAAGAGACUCAGGCUGAGGCGUCCCUGCAGGCCACACAGUUGAAACUGAAGAGAGCCAGACUGGCCGAUGAUCUCAACGAGAAGAUCGCGCAGCGGCCCGGUCCCAUGGAGCUGGUGGAGAAGAACAUCCUGGCGGUGGACCCGGCUGUCAAGAAGAAAAGUGACGGCGGCAAUGGGAAGAAGGCUGACUUGGAUGUGUACAGCUUUAAUGAUGGAAGCAGCGAUGGAUCGUCUCCAGAGCCCACAGCGAACCAAGGGUCGCCGAGUGCUGACUCGGCAAUACGUGAUAUAGCUGAAGAUGCCUCCACAAAGAGUUCAAAGGUCACAUCAGAUUCCAGUAAUCUGGUUUCCAGCAGUGAAGAGCAGAGCAACCCGCAAACAAACGCGCCUCCUCCAGUCGCGGCGGCUGCCAGCACCGUGGUCGCAGGACCGGUUCUUAUUAAGCAAACGUUACCAAAGUCCCCCAGCGAUAAAACCCGCAGUAAGAAGAGCAAAGAUGCGAAGCCUCGGAUCAAGAAGCUGAAGUACCACCAGUACAUUCCGCCCGAUCAGAAGCAAGAGCUGAGCACGGUGCAGAUGGACUCGGCGUACGCUCGCCUCCUGCAGCAGCAGCAGCAGUUCCUGCAGCUCCAGAUCAUCAACCAGCAGCAGUACAGCUACCAGACAGUGCUGCCUCCGCAGAGACCAACAAGUGAGUUACAGUCCAGCUGCUCCAGCAACACUCUGACAGGAACCCCGGCGCCUGCCCCCGUGUCGCCCCGCCUCCAGCAGCAGACCAGCAAACCAGAUCAUCUACCCCCAAAUAUCGAUGAGAUGAAGGUUGCUGAGCUGAAAAUGGAGCUGAAAUUGAGAUCUCUGCCAGUUUCUGGGACGAAGACAGAGUUGAUCGAGAGGCUGAAGCAGUAUCAGGAAAACACCGGAAUCCAGAUCGCGGCGGUGUCGCAGUCCGAGAAGUUUACUCCACCCGUGUCCCCUGUGGCCUCCAAAGUGUCCACCAUGGCCAUAGAGGACAGUAGCACAACAGAUAGUCCUUCAAAGACCCCGCCACACGACGAGUGCCCAACAGAAUCCUGGGUGAAGGACAGGCGCCUUCAUGAGAAGGAGCAGCAGAUAGAGGAGCUGAAGAGGAAGCUGGAGCGAGAGCAGAAGCUAGUGGAGGAGCUGAGGAUGCAACUGGAGAAGGAGAAGAAGAACCAGCAGGGGGAGCCACCUCCCAGAAGUGUCAAGGAUGAACAGCAGAUCCAGCCAAACUGCGCUGUUGCUCAUUACUCCCCAACUCUUCCAGUGAUGGUGAAACAAGAACCACCUGACCAGAUCAUCGGCGGUCACCAGCCCGCAGCGUCUCCAGCUUUGGUCCAGCAGGAGAUGGCCGCUUGCAAUGUGGCUUCUUUUUCUGAACAGAAGUCCACAGAAACGGCUCAGCAGCCGGAGAACACAAAUCAGAGGUGGAGCACAGACAGGACUGGCCAUCUCAUCCUCUCACAGAGUGACCCACCCGUCCCGGAUACACCAGUCAAUAAAUCUCCUUGUUCCCUCCCAUCUCCUCUAAUGUUGCAGCAAGUGAAGUUCCCAAGCCCUCUCAAGUGUGGAGACCCACCACGCUACGAAGACGCCGUCAAACUGACGCGCUUGUUGACAGCAGCGCAGGGUGAGACUGUGGCCAGCCAGCAGAUGGACGACCUGUUUGAUGUUCUGAUAGAGAGCGGAGAAAUGUCUCCUUUAGUCAAACAGAACCAUUCCAGUCCGGACAAGCCUCAACCGGUGACCGCCAAUGUCACCACCCUUCCCAUCAACACGGUCCUAUCCCGGCCUCCAGCUCUGGUGCAGGUGGGCCAGCAGCCUGCAGCAGGAUUUGACCCUUCCACCUUGGCAGUUCUGAGUCCGAACCCAGAACCGCACGCUCUGAAGCUGCUGGAGGACCUGCCCAUGUCCACCAUGGAGGUGGACUUGACUCUGGACUUGAAUCUUCACAGCACAAACGUGGAUCACAUGGACUGGAUGGAUCUGAGCUUGUCAGCGCCGGGCGGAGACAGCAUCAGCGCCCUGGACCCUGGGCUGGGCGUCUUCUCCAGCUUCCUGGACGCUUAUGAACUGCACUGAGCUCGCCGUGUGGGUGGCUCUCGCACCUGAACGUUCAUCACAAGGGAGGCUGACAGCUGUUUCCUGCACUGUCUUUUUCCUCUUGCCUUAGGACCAGACCGGCUCAGCAAAACCAAGAGUUGUCAGACUGAGCUGAGGAACAUUCCUACCACAGCCGACUCCAAAGUUUGGUCAUUAUUUAUAUUUGUUUUUCUAAAACCAGUGUGUGGAUAAAGCCAAACUAAACACAUCAGAAUGACUUCAUUUUAAACCAUUUUCUAGUGUAAACAGUUCUAUUUCACUAGAGAAAUGGAGCAAGUUCAAAAUUGGACUGUACCUGUCGUAGAACAUGAAGAUCCCAAAUGAGACAAUGUUUUAUAUUGAAGCCCACUAUGAUAGUUUUUACAUUCCCUCACACGUUCUCUGCCCUGUGGCGCCGCCUGCUGGGCAUGCCUGGAAUUGGUGUAUGCGAUUGGAUUAGACUGCCUUCAUGUGUAAAUAGUUCACAUCUGUCGUCUUCUUAUUUUGUUAUUUAAACGCUUCAUACAUUUGGUGGCAGACACUAUAUAGAUAAGGUAUUUGGACCAGCGACCUUUUCUUGCAUUGCAAAGUUUAUUGUUUACACGCCUUAUUUUUGAGACAUAUUAAAUACAACACUCUUUUUUUUUUUUUUUUUUUUUUUUUUUUUACUGCACCAAUUUUGUAACAUGAACUGUAUCAUUUAGGUUCUUUAAUAAAUGCACACUGCAAAUUGUGUUUAUCUUAAGCCUAUGUUUUCCAAGAAUCAUCACAGUCCUGACCAUUGUGUGACACUCGAGAAAUACUGUAGGAACGACAAUGACACGUCAACUACAUCUAAGAAACGACCUACAUUCCGAAAUGAGGACUGAUAGGUCAUGAAAAUGUUAAAAUUGAGAUGCGUUGUGGCAUCACAAAACAUCCGAAACUAGUAACAUCAGCAUUUCACGUGACAUGAAACAAACGGACGCGA